AUGGACACCAUUUUGGAGAAGAUUUUAAAAGGGGAAAUAACAUCGGAUGACUUAACCGAUCCUCUCCAGAUUGUUAAAAAUGAGGUAAGCUUUAUCAUCUGAACAGUGUGGCCGAAAUGUAGGUACCGUGGAAAAGCAACGAUGUUUUUAUCAGCUUGUGCAAGUGUCCCGAGCUCUAUUCCGCAAGGUUACUUAGUCCGCAGUGUAUUUGUUUUGAUUAAAGCUGAUGGCAUGUAGAAAAUUAUUUUGGAAUCGGAAAAACAAAUUACCAUGACUGGAAUAAUCAGAAUUCAUUCUUAUUACACCAGUUUUAAUUUGGGAUAACGACGUGAACUCUCUGGGAAACCCCUGGCCCUCGGAAACUUAAGGAAGUUUUAAAGUUCUUGACCAGGGGUGUGCUAAACGUGGGUUGGGGGGAGCGGGGCGGCGACGCUGUUACAACUUAUUGAGGUCUGAAAUGGGUUAGGGUUAGGGUAACUAUUAUUUUUUUCUCGAUUCUCACCUAGAUUUGAUGAUGGCUGUAUACAGUAUGCAUACAACUGGUUGAAAAACCUAUUUAUUAAGAACAAGAAGUUAUACAGGCUUUCAAAUAUACAAGUAAACUUUCUAGCGCAUUGUUAACUCCCCAAACAAUAAACAAAAACCAUUUUUGAUUUAAGACAGGUGGAAGGAUUAGGGCCUAACUAAGAGGAGGGGGGGGAAGAGCAAAGAGGGGCUCAGUGGAAACCUAAAGUUCUAGAUGAAGGCCAUAUUGAAUAUAGGGGCAUCAUUGAGAUGGAGGCUUAUCAGAGCAUAACAGUUACUAAUGGAGAGGAGGGUGGUGUAGUUGCCUUUGUUAAACUGGCAUUGAUCCAAUGCAGCAAGCAUUUUGAUGCAGUUGCCUGCUUUAGUGAAUGGAUUCUGGGAUAGCCACCAUAAUUAUUGUUUAGUUUGGGGUGUGAGAAUUGUCCAGGACAAGAUACAAAAUGUUCUGAGACAUUUAAGCUUUUUUUUUAUUUUCUAUUUGAUCCACAUGUCAAGGGUGAAAAAGAGAAGUUAAAACAGCACAGUAUUGGAGAGCUGGUCCCCUUCCUUCUCAACUACCUUAGAGAAAAAACCUUGCAUCACUUAACCCCACGACAAAGUGCUGCUCUAACACCCAAGAAGACAUCAGUGUCCCAUGGCAAAGGUGCACCAGAAAAAGCUCUUCACGCGGCAAAGGGCUCCUUUAGGGGGAAUGUAUUUCCUUCACAAAAGACCCCUUCUCCAUCCCCUGUUACUCCGUUGUCACAAAGUCGAAGAGAUACACCCUCUUCAUCGCCAAAUUUCAAGAUAAAGUCUCCUAAAGUGCCAGGAAAUGAGAGAAUUUCACCACUGGUUACACAGCCAAAGUUAAAUAUCGAUGAUCCUAAUGAUUUUCCUCCCAUGAAAUCCACCAGGUUAGUUAGUGUACAAUUAAUAUUAAUCCUUUACUUGCCAAUAUCAGUUUGUUUGAUCUCCUUACAGUACUUUAUAAAUUUCCUAUGGUGCUGAUAAGGAGAAUUUGUUUAACAAUCAAGAGCUUCAUUAGUUGAUGAUCAUUUCCUUUAUUCUCAUGACCUUAAUGUUUAAUUCAGGGGUGAUAUUGAAAGGAGAAAUUAGAUGCUACAACUGUAGUCACUUUUAGGAGUCAAUGGGUUCAAACUUUGAUCGUAUUAUUUUCUCUCUGGGACUUGCUAUUUAUCCUAAUAUUGAACAAUGUUUUUGUGUUAACAGCAAAAAAGUAACACCACGAAGAAUCACACCAACACAGGUCAAAGGUGAUGGUAAAAAGGGAAAAUCUUCACCAGCAUUUGCAUCAUCACCAUUUUCUAGCUCACAUUCCAUGCUGGACAGCCAUGGAAGUCCAGCAUCUUUACAAGAAGAAAGGGACUUGUUAAAAAUUAUGAAAUCUAAAAGAAAGAAUAAGGGGGAUUCCCCUUGGGGAUAUAGAACUAGCCCCAGUCCCCAAACUGGGAUUAGAUCCCCUCCAUCUCAUGUCUUAGGAGAUUUCAUCAUAACUCCACCAAAACACCCAACUGCAGUGCCUGAUGUAUGGCAAAAGAACAAAUCAAAACCAGAUGAAAGUUUGAUUUCAACACCUUCACCUUACAAGAGCCCUAAUGCAAGUGAAGCCUCUGAUAUCCUGACUGCAGACCCUGGAAGUUGUCAACAGUCUGAAAAACAAACUUGUAUAGAAGAAAUUCAACCAGUACAAGCUGUGAAAGACAAAGUUAUUUUUAGCAAUAAACUGGACGCUCUUGCUAAAAUUUAUUCAAGAUGUAUAAUGGGUAAGUUUGAAUCUUUUCAAUUUUGUACUGAAGAAAUGUAAAAUGGUUUCUGUGUUUUCAUAGUCUGAUGUAAACAUGCGGGAGGUUAGGAGAACACGAGAUGAGCGUAGGAAACCACGACGCGAAGCGGAGUGGUUUCCAGCUUAUCAAGUCUGCACUUUCUGAAACUUUUAAUCUGCUGGAUAGCUAUCCCAAGAGUUCUUCUUUUAUUGACUGGAUGAACUCAUUCAGUGAAUAAAUUUAUAAAAAUUUACCAUUAGGGCCUGGUGUUUGGAUUCUCAAAAAUCAUACCAUGAUCACACUUUGCCAGAGACAUUGCUAACCUACAAUUUUUGCUUUUUUUUUAUGAUGAAGAAAACCUGGUUCCUAAUGUUACAGCAGAAGUUUAUUUUGUGGUACAGCUGUUGACUGCAAGAGGCAUUGCUCAUGAAUCAAGGCAAGAAGAAAUUAAUGGUAACAAAAUAUUAAAAAAUAACACAGCAUUAUUGUAAAUGUGAUGUCCAUGAACCCAAUUUGAAAUUUGAGUUUUCUCCUGUGAAGAUGAUUUCAAGGCUUAAGAUUUCUGUUGCAAGAAAUAUUUCAAAGUGGUUUGCUGUCAUGGCACUUUGUUAGGGCUAUCCUAUCCCUGGAAGGGGUGGAAAAAAGAUUUUUAAAAUUGUAGAGGGUGGUCAAUUUUUAGUUGAUGACAUUUUUCCAGGGGUAAGAGGGUGUAUUUAGCCAAUGGGGAUGUGCUGCUGGAUGAAGUUGCAUUUUCAUGACUGGAUUACUAUUUGAGGGGUUGCAUUUUCAAUGCUGUUUCUAGAAUGGGGUCAUACAUUUUUGGGAUUUGAGGUAAAAGAAAAUUCUUGUAAGUAAGGAUGUAAAAAGAGGUAGAUGCAUAAUCAGAAACUGAUUUUUUGGGAUCACAAAAAUAACAUUUGCCCAAAAUUGUCUAAUAUGGGGUCUAUGAUUGGCCACAGAAAAGACUGCAAUGAGAUAUGGGUUCUGAGAGGCCAAUGGCAUGUACCCAGCAAAAAUUCACCCAAGUACCCUGCCCCUCCCCCCCCCUUUUCUUCCCUUGGGGAAAUUUCAUGAUAACUUUUACCUUUUCUGGUCAUCCUUUCUGGAGACCGGGACAAACUGUUUUGUGUAACAAGAAAAAUAUAGAAAAUGUUGCUUGAAUUUUACUUUUAUUGGGGACUAAUUGACUAACCAUUAAAUUUUACCUCCAUUAGGUAAUAAGUCAGAUGAUCAAAAUAUUCUGGAUUCAAUUCAUAAUUCCACUUACUUUGCUGUCACAGUGCUGGAAGAGAUUAAGAGGUGUGUUAGACUUCCUUUAUGACAUAAUUCUUUUCACCAUCUUGAAAUCUCAAUAAUUGUAAUAAUUAUAAUACUUAUACUAAUAAUUAUAUCAUUAUUUGACCAGUCUCCUGAUGGGCCUUCUUAAGGCCAAUGCAAACAAAUUGAAACAAACAUUGUAAAGAGCCAGAGAGAGCCUGAACCCAGGAUCACCAGACUACAAGUCCAACAUCCUAACCACUCUGCCUCCACAAAUCUCAUUGCCAGCAGCACAGGCGUCUUAUAACAGCAAGCUAAUUUUAUAAAUUCGUAAUUGUUUAUCUGACCAGCCAUGUUUGAUUUGGAGUUAGAGUGGACAGUGGAAGUAGGGGGUGGGGGAAGUGCAAGGAGAUGUGAUUUUCACUGCCCCAGCCCUACCCCUCUCCUUAUUUUUGACUGUCAACUGCCCCCUUGGUACAAAUUUAUUUCUCUCACCAGCCUUCCACUGCCAUUAAAAUCAAAGAUGGUGGUCAUAAUUUUGGUUAAGAAAAUACUGAGCACUCUCUUGUCAAAAUUAUGCCUGCUCUGCAGGCUACAAAUCUUGUCCAUGUGUAAUUUUUCCUUUUUCUUUGCCUCAUACUUGACUUGCAUUUGUCAGAUUAGUUCUUCUGUUGGAUAAGGAGACUCUUCGUUUAUUAGCUGAUAAUCCAAGGGUAUGUGAUGUGAAUUUUUUCCUUUUUCACUAAUACUUUUGGGAUGAUAAACCACUUGAUUAAAUGUCUUGUAUGUUUGAAUCCAAAUGAAAUAAAGCAUCAAGAAAAAAAAAGAAAUGGAUAAAAGGUACCAUUCAGUAUUGAACAUGUGUGGUUAAUUUUAAGACAAAGCCUGCCAGGACUGUGCUGUAGCAGUAAAUAGGUGCCAUAGGCCAUUAACCUUGGUCACUUUGCUUUUGUAAAAGCUUUUAAUUGGUGGAAAUCCCAGAUUUGUCAGACUUGAGCCUACAUACACUUAGUAAUUCUUCCAAUACAGGCUGUAGCACAACUUUGCAAUUAGCUGUUCCACUUAUUGUAUAAAUGGAUAUUAUUUAUUUAAUGAAGCGGAUUUGAAUUCCAGUUUCUGAAGAGGAGAACCAACAGGGUUAUUUAUGGGAGAAAGUCUUUUCACCUUUUCAUCCACAAGAUCUCAUUAGUGAUUCUCCUUACUGACUGUGCUGUACAAUUCAUCUGAUGUUAGUUUGGAGAAUUUUGUAUUGGAUCAACUGAUAAUCCCUCAAUUGAUAUUUGUCUUUAUUCUCAUCCCCUGUCUGCUUGAUAUUGUAUUGAUAUUGUAAGGAGAAAUUCUGUCUUGGUCAGUCAUGGGAGGGUUAAAUCAAUUCUGGUUAUUUUUCUUGCUCACUUACAAGAGAUACAUGGCAAGAGAGAAUCCAUCAUUUCUUUUUUUUUCUCAGAUUGCAGAUUUUUCACCAGGUCUCAAGGAGACAUUUCUUCAGCAGUACAAAACCUACUCUGUCAAAAAGGUGGGAAUUACCUUGUUUAAUUAGAAGCUUUUAUUUUUUUAUAUGAGAUGAAUAAUGCAAUAUGAAUAAUUAAAGAUUUAACACGUUUGCUAAUGAUGGUUAUGGUAAUAAUAACAAUAACAUUGAUAGCACUAAUAACGAGAUUUGGAAGGAAAUGAAGGUCAUAAAAUUAAGCAAAAGGCAAAGAUUAGUAUCAACAUCUUAACCUUGAUGCAAGGGUAACCAGGAUAUUUUUUUAAGCUGCAAGAUGAAUUACUAUGCAGUAAGUUAUGCUUUAUCAUCGCAAGCCUCUUUUUUAGGUGACAGAGAUGAACUUUGUCAAAUCUCCCCUGGGCGGAGUACCAUUUAGUGUUGAACGAGACAAUAAACAGAAUUUUCCAACUGACAGAGCUUUCCACAACUUCAGAAAACAAAGGUAAACAAGUGCGUAGUAGACGAGCUGACGUUAUAAUAAUACAGGCAAACCUGUAUUGAGCGGUCUCCCACGGGGAAUGAGCAGGGUAGGGCAGGGCGCUUAAUACACGUUCCAAAGAGUAGGAGUAAAAUAAGAAGCGUUAGAAAACGCCAUUGUAUGCCAUCAUUGACCUUACACUGAUCAAAAACUCGCUUCUAAAAUACUACUUACUUUGAUUUUGGGAGAUAAACAUGGAUUAAAUUUUACUUGAAAGAUUGUUCGUAGUUUUCUCUAAGUAUUUCCACUUUAAAUGACCGCUCAAUACAGCUGGAAAACAACACAAGCAGGCUGUUGGGAUUCACUCAAGGUGACCGCUUAUUAAAGGUGACCGCUUGACAGAGGUGAAAAUUGCAGUGAUUUAAUGAAAACAAAUUCAUGACUUUGACAACCAACCGCUUAAUAAACGGUGACCUCUUGAUACGGUGCCGCUUAAUACAGGUUCGACUGUAUGAUAUUCAAGCGUUUAAGCACCUUAAAUAUCAGUGAAGAAAUGUAUAGCAUUUCCUUAGGGUUAUGAGAUAUUUGAGAGUUCUAAGCGUGUUUCCUUGAUAAUCCAAGGGAGGAGGUACUUUCGUUUAGUACAGCGUUACUCCCUAAUUGUAACCAAGUAGCCUAUUUUCCAUGUAUUUGUGUUCAAGUGGAACCAUAUACGUUGGGCAGCUCUCCACAAAAGCUACUUCAUUGGGUGUCAGCGGAAGGUCAACUCAUUCACUCUUACUCAAGCAUCUAUGUAACCGUCACUGCUUCCCCCUUCCCGCCUCAACUCCUUCCCCUCCCCUCCCUUCCCCCCCCCCCCCUCCCCUCCCCCCCUUCAACGGCAACAGCCUGCCGAAUAACGGCCAAGUUUCCCGGAAGCAAAUGAAUUGUCUAGGAUACAAGCUAACUGAUUGCUUUGAUUAAAAAAGGACGCGACAGCAUACUUAGGCAGAGAGCUCUGACAGCACACUCUCGCUAACGCCAAGAAGAAGAUAAGAUGCGAUACUAAAAGCAAAGGCACAUUUUUAAUCUGAGCACUGAGUUACAGUUUCUGUUAUACUGUUGUAUUUGUUUGUGUUACGCAUUAGUAUGUUUACAAAAUGUUGUUCUUCUUUUUUUUUUCUCUGAAAAUGUUAUAUAACACCUCUUUUUUGCCAUAACGGCCACAUCUUUACAGAGGUAGCUUGAUAGCACUUGCCCCCCUCGUCUCAUAAGAAAUCGGAAGUGGUGACGCCCAUCUCUCUCUCUCUCUCUCUCUUUUUUUUUUUUUAAGGGAAAUGAGGGGAGGGGGCUCUAUACAACCUAUAUAAAAGUCACUUUCUCUCUCUCUCUGUGUCUCUCAAAGUAUAUAUAGAACUUCGGAAGAGGUUCUCACUUCGUUCGUGUCAGAUCUGGAACACUCAAAGGGAGUCACAAAAGUUUUUGGCGCGUAGUAUGCAAACUCAGCUUAGCGCCUGCGGAAACAAUGAACAUGGGACGUUCACAGAAAAGGAGAAGUAACACACCAACAUUUGCCAUUUCUUCAAGCAAACGAAAGGUGACCUUCGUCAGAUUUUUACUGAUAGAAGUAAUUGCUCCAUACUUCCUAGCCCCAAUGAAUUGAAAAACGUUCUGUCAGUAUGUGCUUUCGAUUCUUUACAGAGAAAUGAAGUCACAUACAGUUUUCCAAAUAAAUGAAAUGUCUAUCUCACACGUUCGGAGAAGCGAUUGUCCCCCGACUGUUCCGAAUUCACCUCCCGAUGUUACCGAUAUGUCUGUGACCAACUCACGACGAUCGAAGCUGUCUUCGAUGUUUUUGAGUUCAUAAAAUGUAGUUGGCCGGGAAACAAUAAAAUCCUCGAUCGUCUGGCAGACCGGCUUAUUGAUAAGAAGAUAUUAGCUUCUACACUUUUUUCAAGUACCGUUCAUGAACCGAUGCAAGUUGUUAGAGGUUAAUUUUCUGCUGAUGAAGAUGCAAGCACCGAGUUUUAUUUCAAUUGCAUUGAAAUGACCAGUACUAGAACUCUAUUACGAUCUUUUGGAAGCUUAACGUAAGUAUGAUUGCGUUCCCUCUAACAAAAUUUAGAGGUAGAAUUCUGUGUUCAAAUAUUGGUGAAAAACUAUUUUUAAAUGUCCUACGUUUUUGUCUAUGUAAAAUGUCACGGAGAUGACAGAGAUAUUUUGAAGUAAUAAAAAAAGAUAACAAUACUGCAGCGAAUCCAGCACACUCAAGGCCGCGCAGAGGGAGGGGCUGGGGGGGGCUUUAGCCCACCCCCCCCCCCACUUUUUUGCAAGAAUAAAAAUAAAUUAAACAAAAAAUAAUUUAACAAAAAAAUUUUCCUUCACGCAAUCUUCUUUAGCCCCCCCCACUUGCAAACUUGUUGCGCGGUCCCUGACACUGAGCCCGUUUAACGAGGGAAUCACUAUUUGAUUUAAGAGAGAGCUUCCGGCCAGAAUAUAAGGCGUCGUAUUAUUAUUUACGUGCGCUACCCACGCGUGAAAAUUAUGCUCAGUCUAUGUCAAGAGAAUAACCUUAACUUUAAGAAUCAGUUUGAUUAAUUCUGUUUUGUGCCGUAGACAAAAUAAUAAGCUUUGUUUAUGAUUCUAGACUUUUGCUCCACAUCACGUGACUAUUGCACAGCUGUGUGUGGCAUCCUGGCGCAAGGCUUAAUAAUUAGCAAAAAAACGACAAUAUCGCCAAUGUCAUCGCCAGUUGGGCGACGAUUUCUCGUCGCAACCUUCAGAGAAACUUAUCUCGUCGAAGGACGCUUUAACUUCAAAAAGGUAAGCCGCAAAGUUUCGAUCGAUUUUAUUGCAAAUGCAGUUUGUCGUGGAAAUAGUCGAGAUUUCGUUUGAAGCCCGUUUCGGGUUAUAUGGGAAGCCAUCUGUGACUAAAUUAUCAAUCGCUAGAGAUAAAAGUUAAUCGUUAGAGCUAAAAUAUCAAUCACUAGUGAUGAAACUCAAUCGUUAGUGCUAGCAACAACUCGUACGUGUAAAUCAAUUUAGUUUCCGUUCUAAAAUGGUCAAUCGUUAGUGCUGAACCUCAGUCGCUUGUGUCGUUAGAGCAGACCAAUUAAAAGCAGUAAUUUUAAAUCGCUCGUGUCCUCAGGCAGAUCGAUAGCGCUAAAUAUCAAUCAUAGGUUCUAGUGUCGAUCGAUUGUGUCAAACCUUUAUGGCUUGUGUUAUUUGUAAAAGAUAAAUUGUUACUGUGAUGUUGUAUGUGGGAUUUUGCCAUUUGAAAACAGAAAUUGUAGGGACUCUCAAGAUAAUUUUAUGGUUUCACUUAAUAAUUAAAUAAUCAUUCAGAGGAAGGAGUGGCGAAUUGGCACCUUGAAAAAUCGCAAGUCCCUCGUUAGCCAUUGAAGUUUGUUUCAAAAUGUCGCUUAUAGUGUACUACUCUCGGUCUCGCAGUCCAGUAUUUUUUGCGAAACUUCCAAAUGCUCAGAGUUAUCGUAAUCUGUAGAAGACUACGGCAGUAGCAUGCAGCUGAGUGGCAAGAAUCUCGGAGAAUCGCGGAACAUCUCUCAGAAAAUCAAAGUCGUUAUUUUUCUCAUUAGAACGUGACGAAGCAGAUCUUCUUGAACUAUCUAGUAUAAUGUUACGAUUCUUUUUCACAGCACGAUCUUCGUCAGUCUGAUUAAAAAAUGUCAUCACUUCAAAUCCUGUGCCUGCUGUCAAUUUUGGCAAGAAGUACAGCUUUAACUUCUUCCACUGGAUCAGAGUUUGUGGCAGCAGUAUAUGAGCAUGCCUUUGUCAGGGCCCAAAAUAGAACAAACGUCCUCUCCCAGCAAGAAGCUGUGGCGAUCGUCAUGCAGAACAUGGAUGUGUACGCGACCCAGAUGAAAAAAGCUAAACAGCAGGUACUGGUUAUUUAAUUUUUUUACUAAGGCUUGUAGGUAACUAUUUGAAGUGAACGUUGAUUGGCCUUUAAAAGUUUGAAGUUAGUUCAACUUAUAUGUACUUAACCCAUGCGUGGUGAAGAAAGAAGUUCUCCUUACAAGUACAUAUUAAAAAAAGUAUCAGGCAAACAAGUGAUCAGAAUAAAGUAAAAUAUUCAGUCACACCUGUAUUUGGUGGUCACCGACAGGAAUGGAGGGGUCACUACUGAAUACAGCAUGACCGCCUAAAGAAGCUCUUUUUUUUUCCAAUGUAUAAAGAAGAGUUUGGAGAAUUUGCUUACUGAUUUUGAGGUGAAAAUUGUUUUAAACAUGAUCUUCAUUUGACUUUUUUGCAGAAUGCAAGUAUUAUUGUCUUUCCUGAAUAUGGCCUAACAGGCUUUGGCUACACACGUGAUUCAUUUCAGCCAUUUUUAGAAGACAUCCCAGAUCCAAAGAAGACCAGUUGGAAUGCUUGUGAAGAUACACAAGCAAACAUGUCCAGUCCUAUUCUAUACCGCCUCAGUUGUCUGGCAAAAACCUAUGAUAUGUACCUUGUAGUGAAUAUGGGAGAUGUUAAGCCAUGCAAUAAAAGCACUGAUGAAAAUUGCCCCAGUGAUGGAAGAUACCAAUAUAAUACUAAUGUAGUAUUUGAUGACAAAGGCAAACUUGUGGCCAGAUAUCAUAAGCAGCAUCCUUUUUUGAAUGAAAUGAAAGUGGUUAAUCGUCCUCUUACACCUGAGUUCAUUACCUUUGACACACCCUUUGGUAAAUUUGGAACAUUUAUCUGUUUUGAUGCGCUCUUUCACGAUCCAGCUAUACCACUGGUGACCAAACACAAAGUUGACCAUAUUGUCUUUCCUACGGCAUGGUUUGAUGUGGUGCCUCUUUUUGCAGCCAUUGGAUUCCAUGGGUCAUGGGCCCGGGGAAUGCAGGUCAACUUUCUCUCUGCAAACUCGCACGUACCAGAGGUAUUAAACACUGGGAGUGGACUCUACAGCCCCACUGGUGCUAAAAAGUACUAUAGAAGCUUGUCUGCCAAUGGUUCCUUAUCUGUUGCCACCUUGCCCAAAUCACCAAGGGACAGACCUUCAGGUACUCCAGUGGUGAUUGCUACAAAGAUACAAGAAGGCAAUGCUGGUCAAGACUCAUUCUACUCGGACUUGUUCGGCGAUCUCUUUCUUUUCAAAGAGCUGAAGAAACCUGAAGGCACCUUGGAUGUGUGUUACAAUGGCAGUAGCAUUUGUUGUUCCCUUACCUAUGAGAUGGUGGAGAAACGCUCUGAUGAAAUGUAUGCGUUAGGCGUCUUUGAUGGACUUCACAUCCUAGAGGGACAAUAUUAUUUACAAAUAUGCACUCUUAUCAAGUGUCUGGGAUUGAACCGUAAUUCUUGUGGGCAGAGAGUAUACAAUGCAAGUACCAUUUUCAAGUCCUUCACACUGCAUGGUUCACUUGGUACACAGUAUAUCUAUCCACAGGUGUUAGCGGAUGGUGUAUCACUUCUGCCAGGAGAAUGGGACCACGGUGUACCUGUGACGCAUUUGCAGACCAAGCAGCAGCUGACAAAAGGGUUGUUGACUGCGGCCCUUUUUGGACGCAUGUAUGAAUUGGAUGAUGGCCCCAGACCAACCACACAUCCUAGUGUGGAAUCAUCUGCACCAACCACACAUCCUAGUGUGGAAUCAUCUGCACCACAGAUCUGCAUCCAUGUUUUUUUUGUUGGCCUGUUGUCAGUGAUUGCAUAUUUUUGUGUUGAGAAGGAAUAAAAGUUGUAAUAAUUAUUAAAAACUCUUAAAAGAGUACCAUCAAGAUGUAAUACAGACUGCUUAGACUUGCCAUUUUUCAGUAUAAUUCUGCAUAAUACAGUAUAGUGGAAUCCUCAGACUACUUCCCCAAACAGGCCAUGGAAAUUAAGUGGAAAUGAGAAGGCAAUUGAAGUAAACCCUUUAACUGCCAUUUGUGAUCAAGGCAAAAUUUCUCCUUACAAUAUCAAUACAAUAUAAAGCAGAAUAAAGAAUCACAUUUAAUAACCACAUAUGUGCUGUACAAAAAAGUUAAAAUGCUUCAAGUUGUGUUUGAGAAAUACAAUAAACAAAUGAAAUAUUUAUUUAAUGUAUGCCACAUUUUUACUCAUUCAUGGUUAUCUGAUGUUGGAAGGGCCAGUCUCAAAUCUCUCUGAACAGUUACCAAAUUUUAAAAACGAAUUGGUAAAACACCUCUCCUGUGUAACAACACAACUGCUUCUGGCCUUUUGUCAGAAGCUUUUGGUACAAUGAUUUUAUUGGAGAAUUUUGGAUGCUUACUGUGUAAGUUCUAUUUUACUCAAUUAAUAGCAGUAUGCAUAGCAGUAUGCAUAGCAGAUACUGAUAAACUGCUUUACCUAGUAGAAUCUCAACAAAAAUAGAAGCUUAGAGGGGUAGAACUAUUCAGCUUUUAUUGGUGAAGUUUGAUGUAACUAAAAACUGCAGUAAAGUGUAGUUAAUAAUGAAUCCUAACUUGUUGCGUACAUUGAUAUCCUGCCAACAUUCAGUGGUCCUUUACACUGUAACAUCAGCAUCCCUUUUCUCCCUGCCCUCUGCUAUACAUUUGCUCAGGUACUUGAUAAGGAGAAUUCAUUUAACAGUUGAAGCUUCUUAGUUUGGUGAUCAUUUUUCUUUUUCUUGUGAUCUUAAUGAAUGAUUCAGCAGUAUUACUGUAUGAAGAAACUAAAUAGUGGCAACUUUUAGGGUUUAAAGGGUUAUCUGCUUCUCACUGUUCUUGGUCAAUGAGGAUUUGCUGUCCUGUGAGUUUGCCUCCUGCACAGGCAAACCAGAUCCCUUAACUUGAUUAACACCACUAAGAGGAAACAGUAUCUUCUUAUUUCUCCUUACAAUAAUACUGCAUAACCAUUUGUUGAGAUGCACAAUGUUAUGAAAAACACUCAAUUAAAUGCAAAUUUUUUCAGUUUCAAGUAAUUUUGGGGAGAAUUUACACAAAUUAAAAUCACUUAAACUUAAGUAUGUUGAUUGCUCUACAUUCAGGGAUGUAUUUUAUGAGCUUGUGCGAGAAUGGGAAGAUUCACAUUUGGCAGCAGGAUGGAACAUGGAGGAACACAUGGGAGACAGGAUAAGGUACAGGCCAAGGAGAGUGUUUACCCUUUACACCCUAAUGUUGGUAUACAUAUUCUCCAUACUGUUCUCUGUACAUUUCCCAUGGUACUGACAAGGAGAAUUUGUUUAACAAUCAAGAGCUUCAGUUGGUGAUCAUUUUCCUUAUUCUUGUGACCUCAAUGUGUGAUUAAGGAGUGAUACACUAUGGAGAAAUCAGAUGCUUACCACUCUGAGUAAAAAGGGUUAAGCAUCACCAGAUAUAAUAGUUAAUUUAAUGGCUGGCCUUGAGAAUUUGUUGUAACCCCCAAACACCCUGACCUUUUUGUAUCAAAGGUGUAUAGUGAAAUAAAAAUUUAAUCAUCCUGGAUAGCUAGGAUUCAACAAUUUGGUGAGCACUGGUGUUAAUUGAACAAUGAACCCUUUCACUCCUAAGAUCUCAUUAGUAAUUCUCCUUACUGUCUGCCAUACAAUUCUUGUUCAUUUGGGGAAUUUUUUAAGGAGAAGUUCUGUUUUGAUCACUCAUGUGAGUUAAAGGGUUAAAUCCCUGGCAACUGGAAUUUCAAAAGAGAUGUUGAUACUUAGCAAAAUUGUAUUUUCUAUUUACUUGUCCUACUUAUGUACAGAUAACGAAAGAGCCCUUCUGUUAGUGAAUACUAAAUUUGAGAGCUUUUUCAAUCUUUAAAUCCAUCUUUCAGGGCUUUGGUGAAUCAGAAGCCAGAAUUGGCCAACUAUUCCCAUUUCGCCAGGCUGUUUAAGUCCCAAUUACUACAGGUAAUCAAAAUAUAAAAUCAGAUUCACAGUUUCAAUAGGCACUUCUGCUGGCUUUUGUGCUGAUAUUUCUUCCUUCCAUUUCCUCCAUGGCACUGUACCCUACCCAUUACUAUUUACCUUUUACACUGUGACAUCAGUAUGCAUAUUCUCCAUACUGUUCUCUAUACAUUUCCUAAGGAGCUGACAAGGAGAAUUUGUUAAACAAGCUGUUGAUCAUUUCCUUUAUUCUUUUGACAUUGAUGUUUGAUUCAGGGGUUGUAAGGAGAAUUGGAUGCUAGUAGCUUUUAGAGGUUAAAGAUUUGAUUAAAGGAGUUUUAUUCUUGUUUUUUAUAUUCAUAGAUGUGUGAGGAGGAGAGGAGUGGAAGUGAUUUUCGUUCAUCAAAUAUGCUUAGCAGUUUGCAAAAGUCAAAUCCAGAAAAAUUUCAGAGGUAAUUGAAAUUUUUAUCAGUUUCAGUUUAAGUGAUGAAAUUUUUUCUUCUUGAAAGUGAUGAGGAAGAUAGAAAAAAGGCCAUUAUUUGAUCCCAAUCUUUUUCUUCUACUCAAAGAUGCAUUUUGCCAUGUACUAGCAACCUUAAGCUGUUACAUGUAUUCUCCAUGUCAUCAGUGUAAGACAUUUCCCAAAUACUUUUUUCUUGGGUUCCACUUUUUAAUUUUUACAAAAAAGUUGAAGAAAAGAGUAUUGAAAAACUCAUCCAACCAAUUUAUUGAUAUCAUUCUGCCAUGUUUGUGCUACUAGGCUUCAAGAGAGAUUUAUCACUCCUUUAUCAUCUGGAGGCCCAUGUCCUGCCCCCAGUUUUAGUCAUGUGCAAGAAUUCUUCAAAGGGUUCAUACAAUCUGCAGCUAGGUACAGUAUAUAACACAAGAAAUCUUAUGUCUCAUUUAACCCAUUGCAGUCUAACAUCAGUAUGUAUAUUCUUCAUACAUUUUUUUAAGGUGCUGAUAAGGAGAAUUUGUUCAACAAUCAAGAGCUUUUUUAGGUGGUGAUCAUUUCCUUUAUUCUCAUGACCUUAAUGCAUGAUUCACAGGUGAUAUUAUAGGGAGAAAUUAGAUGCUAGUCACUGUAAACCCUUUAAUCCCUGAGUGUGACUAGUAUCUAAUUUCUCUUUUCAAUAUCAUCCCUUAAUCAAACAUUAAGGUCAUGAUAAUAAAGGAAAUGAUCACCAACUGAAGAAACUCUUGAUUGUUAAACAAACUCUCCCUGCCAGCACCUUAGGAAAUGUACAGAGAACAGUAUGGAGAAUUUGCAUACUGUCAUAAGGGUCUAAAGGGUUGGGGGUCAAUGGUUUAAUUAUUUCUUUUCUGACUGAUUUGCCCUCUUCAAAUAUUUAAUUCUUCCAUGCUGAAUUUUAUAUGACGAUGUGAAACAAAUUAUAUCAUUUUCAGCUUAAAUUCUACCUCAGUUUAUUGAUUUUGUUACAGUCAUUCAUUCAAUCAGCAUCUAAUGGACUUACUGAUUGUGAAAAUAACUGAGGUAUGUUUUUUUUGAUGGGUUAACUUUAAAUGUUGACUUGAAUUGUUUUUUGCAUCUUUCCAGUUUAUUUAUGUUGAAGAGCCAAUAAUCAGAAGACUGUAUACCAUAAUAAUAGUACAUUAGAAUGAUUGCCAGUCAUUAAAUCUUAAAAAGUUUUGUGUUUUUCUUGCAGAUCAACAAUAAAGAAUUUCCCUUGUCAGAUAUCGAAGAAGGAAGUGACAAAGACUUAUCAAUUCAAAAUCAGGUUUGUUACAUCCUUUGUUUGAUUUUAUUAUUUUUAAAGUAGAUGAUCUCUUUUUUAUUACUAGAGAUGGCAUCAUCCAGGGGUGGAUCCAGGAUUUUUCUCAGACGGGGAUCCACCCCUAAGGAAUGACAUAACAGUUACUGAUAGGUGACCCAAAUAAAUUUCAAAACUGAUGAUGAAAAAGAAGGCUUAUGACAAGGCAUUCAAUUUUAACAGAAUGUGUACAGAUGAGAAUACAUAGCAAAUGAUACAACAGAUUUUGCGUAACUUUGAAGUUAUCUUAGAAAGCUGCAGGUCAUUUGGGGGGAGAAAAAUCAGCAUACCUUGUACCCAUCCCCUUGAUCCACCCCUUGACACCACUCCUCACCCUCGGCUUCUGUCCCACAAUCUCUACAUUAAAAUCGUGUUCCUUUCCAUCUUACAAAUUUUGUAAGGGCUACAAUUUAAAAUUCACUUUUCUUUAAGUAGGAGCUUUCCUCUAUGCUUUGCAAACAUGUCUUUACUUUGAUUUUUCCUUUUCUAGGAAGUACAACAGGAUUUUUCCAGUUGUUUACUGAAAAUAAGAAUUUUGGCAAAGUUCCUUGGGUUUUUGAUUUUCCAGCCUUAUCAUGGCACAGAAACUUCAUCACAAACAAUUGUGACUGAAACUCUUAAAUUAAGGAAUAGGGUAAGUCAGCCUAUUAAAUUUGGAGUUUUGAGAGGUGAUAUCAAGCUUAGUUGAUCAAAAGGCAGAUAACACUAUACAAUGGAUAAAUUGCUCUCUAGCGGAUAAGUGUCAGCAAAACUCUGGUGCACUAUCUACCAAUGGAGAUCUAUUCAGAGGAUAGUGCUAUCCAACCUUUGGACAACUGGAGCCAGUUCUAGAACAUUACUGAUCCAGUUGACAUGUUAGCCAGGAAUUUCAUUUUUAUUGCAGAAUUCUCAAAUCUUAUGUUUAUUCAAACGUUUUUAGUUACUCUGCAUGAUUGAUAGUGCUUCUCUUCAAAAAUAGAAAUUUUCAAAUUAAAGGCUCUUGACAUGAAUGUAUCUACCAUUUGUUCCUAUUUAUUUCUUUUCAGAUUCCCAUUCACUUUGACAUUCUCGGUUACCUCAAGAAGGCCUGGUGCAGUGGGAGACUGGUGCUUACAGUACCAUGGGCUGUAGAGUACCUCAGUAUGAUGGACCCUGUGGCUCCUCUUCUAGACUACUUCUCUAUGGUCCUCAAUUUUCUCUACAGGAUUUACAGGUUUCUGCAUAGUAGUUUGCUUACUAAAGAGAUAAAUGCUCAAAUUGAAAAGACAAGAAAAACAUUUUAUUUGUAGUCUGUAUUGCUUGUUUUAAAAACUCUGUCUGAUGGGAGUUAACUCUUUUGAGUGACUGCCAUCAAAUUCUCUGUACAAUAUCAUCCUGAAUCAAAUAUUAAUGUCACAAGGAUUGAAAUGAAACAGUCAAGGUCAAAAAGUUGAGUCCUCAAAUGAUCUCACAACUCCAAUGCUCUAGAUUGUUAAACAAAUUCUCCUUGAGAUUACCUUUAGAUUGUUAAACAAAUUCUUAUAGAGAAAAGUAUGGAGAAGUAUGAAGAAUAUACAUCAUGAUACUGAGUUAGGGGGUAAAUGGUGAAGUUUGCACACAAUUUCAUUUUUGGUUUUGUGUUUUGCUUGCCUUAUCAGCGAAUAAUAUGUAAAGAAAAAUAAGUCAGAGAGAGCCUGUUGUAGUUUAUCUGUAUGUGUGACUGGCCAAUAGGAUCUGUGGUUUGCCGGAGAUAGUGGAAUUGGAUACUCAAAACAACUUUUUUUUUUUGCAUUGAUUCUGUUUGAUUUCCAUUUAGAGAAAGUGCUUCCCUGUUUUCAAAGACAAUUUUGAAUCAUAGCAAGUUACUGUUGAUUUCAUGUCUGGGAUGGUUUUUUGAGGUAAGUGCAGCAUUUGGCUUUAACUUAACGUGAUAAGAUGUCGCUUGAUUAAGAUCUUAUCAAAAGCGUAAAAACCUGUACAAAGUGGAUCGUUUUUUCAUCUUAACUUCUCAAACUCAUUAAUAAUUCAUGCUGAGAAAACAAAGGAAAUUACAACCGUGAAGGAGGUUUGGAUAUGUGAUCUUAAUUAUCAUAAAAUCUGGUGAACUUUUGCUUUGAUUUUUCGGUUAUUAAUGGUUUCCAGCUAUAUGGGUAUUCAAAGUUCAUCCGAUAUCCAAACACCUUGAAGUUGGUUAAAAAAAACUCGGCUGCGCCUCGUUUUCUCAACCACUUCUCGGUGUUUGGAUAUCGGAUGAAACACCCUUUCGAAUGUUUGAUAUAGCUCCUCAAACCAUUAACACUCUUCCUCGUGUUUGAUAUAUUACAUCACUAUCUGUUCAAGGAAACUUCAUUAUCGACAAUUUCUGGUAUGGGUGUGAUGAAAGGAAAAACUAUUUUGAAUUAAGAGGCGAUAAAUUGCUAUCAUAAUUUGGUUUAUCAACUGAGGUGAUAUGUAAAACGGCCACCGUCAAGGGUUCCUAAGCUGAUGUUUCGAGCGUUAGCUCUUCGUCUUUCGCUUUGAUUAAGGCCUGACGCUCGAAACGUCAGCGAUAGAAAAUGUAUAAACUUGAUAAACCGAAUUAUCUUGUCAUACCCCCCGUCCCUCUCCCCUUCCCUGUUUGCCCCCCAGUCGACACAGCACCACAGUUUCUCUAGAAAAGUACCCCAUCACAAACGAUUAGGUUAUUUUAUUUGGUUACAAUACAUGUGUUCUCAUUUUAUACAAACCUCUGAUUUUGUAGAUAUCAAUCAUUCCUGCCACAUUCUUCUUCAAAAGCCUGAAUGAUGUAAAGAACUGCAUUGAAGAUGAUCUCAAAAGAAACUAUUCAGAUGUUAAACCCAGUCUGGUAAGGAAAGAAAAAUAGACAUCACACAUUGCUAAGGAGAUUAAAAAAACAAGUUCACAAAUUUCAUUUUGAAGUGACACUCCUGAUUUCUGCUGUUCCGUCUUAAUUUGCAUAAAAAUAAUUUUUAAAUUAGGUUUUAUUGAAUAAACUCAGAGAGUUACUUUUUGGUUGAAGUGAACUUUAUUUAUAAAACUGCUGAAAUGUGUAAUAACAAUUUUUUUUCUCUUUGUGCACGUCUUACCAGGACUCCAGUGGUAUUGUGGACCAAGCCAUUCUCUACGCUUGCUGUCCUUUCCUGAGUGCGUACAAGUAACUGUUGUUUUUGUAGAAGUAACCACAGGGUAACGUAAUAAGUAACCCCAUAGAGCACUUUUCAAUCAUGUGUUGUAAUACCAGUGUUGAAGCAAUCACAACAGCCAUUAAGCGAAAGUUAAGAAUUAAUGUCACAGAGGGAACAUGUUGGGAACAUUUGUUCUUUGUUUUGCAGGUGUAAUAAGAACAGUGUUAGUGGAAGCAGCAGCUGGGAUGUCUGGAAGAUCAGGUAUUGUGCCGUUCAUCAACCUUUGUUCAACAAGUUAAUAUUUAAAAGGUGGUGUUAUUCGGUGAAUGACAAGGUACACUUUGAGAAAAAAGAACACAGAGUGCUCCCAUUAGCAGUCGAACCUACUUUUUGCUGGUUAUCCCCCAGCGUUUUAUCAGGCUUCCAUGAAGAUUUGCCAGUACUCAAUUUAUACUCCUGGGUGGAGAGAGGCACUGUGAGUGGAAAGUAUUUUGCCCAAGAACACAACACAGUGACCCGGCCAGGACUCGAACCCAGACCUCUCGACCCAGAGUCCAGCGAACCACUAUUAGGUCACAUGCAUCUCCCACAUCUGGUUUAGACCUAAGAAAACUUCACACUUAAUAAUUGGAAAAUCUCUUGAAAAUGAGCCGUUUCCAAUCUUUCUUUUUUCCAGCAUAUAAAACAGUACAUUUCUGUUAUACAUGUUGCUUUUAAUUUGCGUUCAGUCAGGAUAUCCAAUGGCCGUCCUUGGAAUACAGUGACUAGUCGUAUCAGUCAGUUUUGUUGAGAUGCAAGCUUUUAAUUUUUCUUUUGUUAAUAUUUAGGCCCGGUUAAAAAGAUAACACCAGUUUCCGCUGGCGAACCUUCCAGCAGAUCAUCCUCCCACAAGCAGUUGCAGGUGAGAGUUUUUGCGUAAGAACUGUUCGGGGUUGAUCGUGAGCUCGAUCUCAGUGAGCUGUUUCAUUGGAUAAAACGUUGCCAGCCGAAAGUCCUCAAAAUGCCCAAAGAUGAGUUUAUUUGUGAGAUCUGAAAUUCCAUGAAACACAUUUGGAUGUUGCUAAUUAUGGUGACUAAUAAUCAUUAUCCUUUGGAUCAACCUUUGUGGAUCAAAAAAGAAGAAAAAUGCUAGUAACAGUAUCUCAAAGCAAUGUAAGAUUGAGUGGUAGAGCAAUUUUCAGUUGAGUGUAGAAAGUAGUCAGAUAUUAUUUGGUUUUGUUUAACUUCGCCUUGCGACUGGUUCAGAAACUUGCGCAACCCUCUCUAUCAAUCAGACGGUAAACGAAAACGGAAACAGAUUUUGACUUUGUCACUGGCAUUUCUCUCAAAAUGCGUCAACUUAUCAUAUAAUUGGUUGUUGAUGUUGCGUCGUUUUAUUUUUGCAACACUCUGUCAAAACUUAAAUUUGAUUACAUUUCCUUCUCUCCAUUACACCAACUAAAAAACGUUGUGAUGAUAUCUUUACUUUGUGUUUUUCUGGGAGUUUGUUUCCCCGUAUCUGAAGUUUUAACGUCAUAUUAGAAACUUCUAAUUCAUUAAGUAAACCCUUUGCUCCCUAACACCAGUAUGGAUAUUCUCCAUACUGUUCUCUAGACAUUUCCCAAGGUGUUGGCAAGGAGAAUUUGUCCAACAGUCAUUUCUUUUGUUCUCCUGAAUUCAGUGUUUGCUCCAGGAGUGAUGCUCUAAGGAGAAAUUAGAAGCCAGAUCCUCUUCAGGGUUGAAGGGUUAUGUUGUUUCAAACUCAGAUGGUCUCCUUUUGGUUUUGUCUUUUUUGAUAGCUUCAGUUGGAAGAAAACUUUUUUCGCAUUCAGCCUGAUUUCCUGAAGAGACUGUCUGAUUUUACUGUAGAAAGGCAAGUGUUUCUCUUUUGACCAAUACCAGCUUUUAUCAAAUAACCCGUCCGGUCCCGUGUUCGCAAAUCCAUACAAGACAAAAGUGCAUGCCCUGUGCUCACACAGCUCUUUUGCAUUUUCCGAAUUGAAAUUGUGGGCUUCAGCUUGAAAUAAAACAAGUGGGAAAAUGAGUUGCGCUUAUCAAAGAAUGAGAAGUUUUUUUGUUUUGACUCGUAGAAAAAUUUUUACCGUAGAGUCUCUUUCAAUUAUUGUUGUCUAGUGCGCGCCCUUCUUUGGCGUGCAAGUGCGUCCUAUAAGUUUGAAAAAAACAUUUUCGAUGCGCUCGUUCCGUCUAUUAUGUCUUCGUGCCAAAGUCGGUCAAUAAGUGCAUAACAGUAUAUGGCUCAGAUCAGAUGGACGAUUGACUACUCUAGUGCAUGUAGAAACAAAAAACUGGCCUUCAUAAUCAGGCCUAAAAAACAUUUGACUUGUUUAUUUCAGGUUAUGCAGCAAUAUUAUAUCUCACAUUAAAGGAGGUAUAACUCCCUCCCUUUUGAAUGAAGGAGGUAAAAGAAUUCAAGCGUUCUUGGAUAGUGAAUUCUCCGCCAACACGAACACCGAUCAGGCAAAGGUAACGCUGAUUUCAGUGUUGAUUUCUUAUAUUUACCAUCCAACUAAUACUCUUUAGAGAGUAUUUUUUGCAAUGCAAUAUUGAUAGGUAGUUAUUGUGCAAAAAAAAGGAGAAACUUAAAAAGUUUUUAGUCUUUUAACUUUAUAAAAUUUACUCAGAACUUUACCUCGUAGCGCGUUUAAUAACUUAACAUCCCCAAACAAAGAAACAACUACAAAAAACGCUUUUGAGGUUUUGGAAUUGUUUAAAUUUAUUCCACUAAAUGAACAAAUGGGUUUUUUUAUAAUUUGUCAGGAAAAGUGCAGACCUCAUGUCCUCAAGAUCAUUCACUCUGUGACUGAUGAUGGUGUGAAAACAGCCUUGGAGACCUUGGAGUUAGUGACAAAUUUCAGACCUAUUUUUGCAGCCAUAAAAUAAGCAUGGAGCGAUUUCAUUCCAAAUUAAAGUACCGGUAUUUUUUAUCAGUAGAACAAGGUAGUUUUUAACUGUCUGGAUAACUUGAAAUCCAGUUAGGGUAUGACUGUAGUUAGUAUAUAAUAACAAAGUUGAUAGAGUGAAAGGCGCGCCCUGAUCUGCUUAUCAAACUCCGAUCAUCCGUUCCUAUUCACCUCCGGGCAACUCGCGCGGGAUUUGCGCCCGAAAAUUUUGUAAUCUUUGCAGGAAUAAAUGAAUUAAAGUUAUUUUUUGUGGUAUAUUAUCUCACUGUCUGAGUGUAUACCACAACAACAAGCCGUCUCCACUUCUGUGAAAAGUUUUUAACGAGCAGCGUGAAGUAUUUGGUGAAUUUUGAACUUUAAGAAACUAAAGCACCGAUCUUAAACACAAAUUAUUGAUUUGGCUCAUAUUUUCAUCUGUAGAUCCUGUAAGGAGAAGAGCUUGAAAGCCUUUCAAAGCCUUUGUCCUCAGGAAAUGAACUCCAAGGUAAGAACAGAUGAUGACACUGCAAACCCCAUCUUAUUCCGUCUCUGUUGUCAUAUCAUGAGCACGAUGCUCUCAACAUAUUUUAGGUCAGUCAAAAUAUGGAACCAUGCUUAUGAUUUUAGACCAAAUUGCAUUCCAAUAAACUGAAUUACUCUUACUAUUUUUGUUUGUUUCAGGUUGUUACGACAGCAGCAAAUAUUACUACAAGACUCGUUAAAGAAAAAACCAUGGAUUGGAUUAACACAUCUUUUCCAAGUGAGAUUUCCGUUUGCUUUAAUAGAAAUAUAAAAAAUGCUGUUCCCUUAAAAAAAAAUUGUGGUAAAAAUGGUGGCAGAUGGGAUUUAAACCGAGUUUCUUGGGUUUUCCCUCCUGUGUUCCCCAAUCAGGAAAAGAAUCUUGUUAGCAAUUGCUCUUGGUUGCGUGGGGUUCCUGUGCUUGGUUUGUGACGUGUAUUUUCUUUAUUUUUUAUCGAUGUAUAGUGUCGUUUACAUUUGUAUCCAUUGCUUGUCGUAAUGGUAUCCAAUUGAGCUUUUCAGGAAUUGAACAAAACUGCUCUUCCAUUCACAGACCUAAUGGAGGAGGAACUAUUUGCUCAGUUUAAUAAGAUAGCAAACUCUAUUAUGCAUUUAAAAACCAAGGAACAGAAUGGGAACGGAGAACCUGAUCCACUCAGUAAAGAUAUGACAAAAAUAUCUGAAGUUAGGAGUGAAAGGCACGCGAAAUGUUGUGAACCAGUUGGAGUAUCAGGCGAGAAUAUAAAUCCUGCCAUGAAAAUCAAGGUGUUACAGGUAUAGCGAACUUAUUUUAUGGAGUAACCACAACUGACUGAGUGGUUCGGCGGUUGACAGAUUCAAGGACUGACUGACUGAUCAACUGACUGACAAAACUCUGACACGUUAACAGUUGGCUCUCUAAAGGACAGACAGGACAGGCUGUAUGACCGAGUGACCAGCUGAUUUUUACGCUGACUGUUUAACUGUCUUAAGGGCAGAAUAAUAGACAGACUGACUGACUGGCUGACCGGCUUACUGGGUGUCUGGGAGAUUUAGUGUUAUCAACUUAGUUGAUAACGUAAAUUGGCUACCAUAAAGAGUUACAACGCUAACAUUUUAAGCGUUAGCUCCUUGUCGGAGCGAUUGGAGGAAUUGUGGGUUUUGUGUGUGUUUAUAUGCAGAAAAUGGAGCUAUGCUUUUGCUGGGAAUAUGGUGACGAGAAAACAAGAACAAAUUAGUUGAAUUUAAAGCGCUCGUUGAUACGGUGGGGAUUAAGUGUGCCGAUUGAAAAGAUAAAUUUUUGUACCAGAGUUUGCGGCUUUCUGAACUGCCGAGAUGUAGGGAAAGGCCGCAAACUGCCAUAUGCCGCUUAGAUUGAUUAGGGAGAUUAAACUGUCUAGCGACUGGUUUGGAUGCGUCCUUGUCAUUUCUUUCUAUGUCUCAAAGGUGAUCUCGGAAUCGGCCACCUAGUCGUCUUCCUGUUUCAUUUUGCAAUAAGUACAAGUUAUGCAGUAGAUGACAUUAGUGGAGGUGCACGUGAAGUAAUUAGAGAUCUUAAUGGAUCUCUUAGGUUCCGACAUUUUCUCUACGUUAUGAAUGAAAGGACAAGUUUUUUCUUUCGUAACGUAACGCGCUUUUCAUUCAACUAAUUUAUUUUUGUUUUCUCGUCACCAUGUUGGUAAUAUGCUGACUAAUUGACCGACUGAUUGACUGGCUGACUGACUGACUGACUAACUGUCUGACUGACUGACUGACUGACUGAAUGUGGGGCUUGCUGACUGGCUGAUUGGCUAGCUGACUGACUGACUGACUGACGGGCUGGCUGACUAACAGACCGGCUGGCUGGCUGGCUGGCUGACUGAGUAGCUGGCUGACUGAUUGACUAACUGACUGACUGACUGGCUGGCUGAAUUAGCGACGCUUUUGUUGACUAUUAGACUGGUUGCCCGUAUGACUUACAGAAUAUACAAACUUCUCAUUUAUUAUCGUCCUGACUGUCUUCCUGGAAUUACAACGAUUAAAACUCUCUUUUUACUUAAUUUCCAUUCUUAGGCGGUCCUUUCAGAACAAUCAAAAUUACUUGCACUGCAUUCAUCAAAUGGUAUGUAAGUCUUUGAUUUCAACAUGCAUCUUCUCCUUCUUGUGCGUAAAAUACUUUUACGAUUACGAGCUGUGAGAAUACGAUUGCAUACUUAGAACUUUCGUGAUGAUCAGUAUUUUAAUCUCGUAUCAUAAUUGCUGAAUUUGUUUCGACAUUUUAUGGAGAAGUGAGAUUUCGCUGAGUAAGGCUCCAUCUCAGAUCAAUGAAGAAGAACAAGUCAACGCACUAAACUGUAAAUACCAUGGAAGUUCAAGCGUAGAGGUAUCAAUCUUUUGACAGGUCAUUGUCCUUUUCUUUUCGUUGCAGAGAUACCAUCUGAGGCAGAAGACGCUGUUAGGGCAAUUCAGUACGCUUUGAUGGACGAGGUUUGGGAUUAUUUUUUCGGUAAAAAUCAUGAAGGUUAAAUGUAAAAAGUAUUUUGCUUAGUGACUCUCAGAGCAGAUUCGCCAGUGGCCGCUCGGAGUCCUACAGAGAGAUUGAAUCCUUUACGCCCUAACAUCAGCAUAUAUAUUCUUCAUACUUUUCCCUAUACAUUUCUUAAAGGGCUGAUAAGGAGAAACUGUUUAACAAUCAACGGCUUCUGCAAGUGAUUAUCAUUUCCUUUAUUCCCGCAACUCAAAUGUUUGAUCAUGGCUGACAUAGUAAAGAGAAAUCAGAAGCUAGUCACUCGUAGGGGGUUAAAGAUUUAAUUGUUGUGCUCAAUCGCGCGAAAUCCAAAAUCUUUGUCGAAACUAUAAUCUCGUAGCCGUGGUUUGUGUAGAAGACAUGAACCAUUAUUCUUCCACAUUUUCUAGCGUUGAGCAAGGGCCCUUUGUUUGUAGUGACGUUAUUAUUUGUGCAACCCACGAGUUUGUUUUCCCUCACAGUUUCGCUUCACUGAUUUUCAGGGUCAGGUGGCGUUGAUUGGGCAAAUUACUGUUGAAUUGGUUUUUAUUUUAGGUGAGUGUCGAAGUGAAUUCUUCUUCCUCUCAUUGCUUUAUGUUUAUUAGUAACAAAGUAACAUCCUAUUUGGACGAUGGAGAUCAGAAUGCAUAAUCCAUUUUACUACACCUCCGCGUGGAAGGCAUUUUAGUGUACUUUGAAUAUGCGUUUUUAACCAAGCGUUAGGUUCAUCUCGGUCCAUGAACACGGAAAAAACACCGCGGCUAAUAUAUAGCCAUCUUGACCGAACAAGCUUGGUCAAUGAAGCAUUUAUUAUAUAACAAAAAGAUUGUCUAUAACAAAAGGAUUGUCGCUUUAUUAAAAAUUGAGACUUGUUUAUUUCGAGAGACGGAAAAGAAAACCAACUGUUUUUGUGACCCAAUAAAGCCACGAGAGUCGUUUAUGUUUUCUUUGUUUUGACUGUCUUCUGCCACUUUUUGCGACUCUAUCGCCGACAUUGUUCAAAAAUCACGCUCCGAGUAAUUUCUUUUUUCUUGGGCAGGGUCAAAGCGGGCAAUUCCGGGUGGACAAGAUGGGUCCAUCUUGCCCGCUUGGGUAGCCAAUCAAAACACAGGAUUCACUUCAUAUUGCCCUCUGGCAUUGCCAACGAUAUAAAAGGCUUCUUAUUACAAUUUCAUACCUCGCUAACUUGGUCUCUUUGACAGAUCCGGUUCAAAUUUCCCGUCCUACCUAGACGAGGUUCAAAUUCGCCACUCCCGGGCCCAAGCCACAGUCAGAUGCCCGUGGGUUGCCGGGGGGGUGUUGAAGCUUCGAAUUGAUCGUUGCCUAAUACGCUGCCAAUCUAUGCCAAUAUUUGAAUUCUAGAGAUCUGUUGUUAAAAUUUAGAUCGUGUUUCACUCAUGUCGUUUGCUAUAUAGACCGACGCUAACAAAUUGUUUUCGUCUUCUCAACAGCGUGUAGAUCUGCACACGGGGUGAAAUUUGUUACAAAAAAUUGCGCACAAAAUUGUUGUGAUGUCGUCGACAACCUGUGCCUAUUAUGGAGCAAGUUAAAAGGUACCUUAGCCCUCAACAUCUGAUCAUUAGUAUCCACAGUCUCCAUACCGUUCUCAAUACAUUUCUCAUGGUACGUUCGAGGAGAAUCCAUGUUGUGAUUAUUUCUUUCAUUCUCAUGACUUUGAUGAAAGAAUCGAGAAUGAUAACGUGGGAGAAAUUGGAUGCUAUUCCCUCUAAGACGUUUAAGGUUAAGAGACAAUAUCUGUGGCUCUGAUUUGAUUACAAUGCGUUGUCGUUUCCAUCAGAUCCGGCACUUGGUAGGGCAUUUGAACACAGUUUUGGCUAAACGGGACGGGAAUUUGAACGAACCAAUUUUCAGUAGUUCAAAUGAUUGAGGGGGUUGCCUGGGGGGUCAGAUGUGGAUGCUUCGAAUCAAUCGAAACAUAAAUUACCGCAGUAUGUAAACAACUAGGAUCUAAGUGACAAAUUCAAAUUUUACAUUCGCAAUUUGAAAUAACGUGCAAUCAUUGCUCGUUAGGUCCCACAUUACUUUUAAAAGUGAUUGCCCUUCUGCAACCCCCUACUGUAGACAUCUAACAGUAUUUUAGGUUUCGGCAUUAAUAUAUGGUUUGAUGUUGGUGAAUUUUUUUCCUUGUAGAAAGGCGUGUGGCGGUUCCCUUUGCAGGACUGCUUUCCAUUCCUCACGUGAACCUGAUCAUGUCUUUGGAGAACAAACGGGUAUGGAGUUAAAUCAACGAUAAAUAUUCCUUUUUUUGUUGUUACAAACGAACGAGUUACUUUUCAUUCUACGGGGAUCUCUCGCGUUGCAGAUACCUCGUUGUGUAAGGACAGCGGCUAAAAUCCUCCAUGAAAUUUUUAGUAUUUGAAUGUAGCAAAUAAACGCUAUUACUGCAAAUGAGUCAAGGGUGAAAUAUUGUUCAUUUUUUGUGGUGCGAAUUGUCUGAUUGAGCGGCGUAACUGGUGUAAUUUCAGGUCGUGUGGGAUAGUCUUCAAGAUUUAUUUCUUACGCUGAUGGACAAACAACUGGUUCGUGGAUACGAGGUCGAGCAGUGUUACAUUGGUGCUUUGGGAAGCGUCACAGACGAGGUUAGAUGCUUACAGGAAAGGUGUUACUCGAAACGUUCCUCUCCUUUUGUUUGUUUGUUUGUUUGUUUGUUACGUCCACUAUUUGCUCGCUUGCUAUAAGUUAUUGGUCCUCCUCCCGGUAGAAAAAGGUGUAUUAUUGACAGGAAAUCGUUUAUUUCCAAAUUGUUUCAGUUGGAUCUUUCCAUAUCUUUCUGUGUUUUCCUAGUGAAGAUUAAAAUCUGUUGUUUAUUUUCGUUCGCGCGCUGAAAACAAAUUCCCAGCGGUUUCUUGGCUGGAAGGAAAUCAGCUUUGUAGCUUAAAAAGAACAUGCUGCUGGUGAAUAUGCAAGCGUUCAAGGUGCAAUGGCAGGAAACAGUUUGAUAAGACAAAAAGUGUGACUAUUUUUUUUGUCCCUUAAAGAGUUUGAAACAGAAGGGAAUUGCAAGUGCUGGUUAAAACCUAUAAUUCUUUAACUCCCAUGUGUGACCAAGACAUAAUUUCUUCUAACUAUAUCAAUGCAAAUUCAAGCAGGCAAGUGAUGAGAAGAAAGAAAAACAUCAACAAGGGGAUCAUUAGUUGAUCCAAUACCAAAUUAUCUGAACUAACAUCACAAGAAUUAAGAAAGAUGUCAUUAGAACUUCGUAAUAGACCCCGCUCACCGAAGAGUCUUUGUGGCUCAGUGGUAGAGCAUCGGAGCGCAAAUCCGAAGGUCUGAGGUUCGAUUCCUCACGGGGACUCAGAAUUUUUUCUUUGUCCCACGCUCGUGACAAGACGAAAAAAACAUCUUUCUUAAUUCUUCACCGAGCUCAAAACUUACCAUCUCUACUUUUCUGUCAUCACAAGAAUUGUAUGGCAGACAGUAAGGAGAAUUACUAAGGAGGUCUAGGGAGUGAAACUGAUCGGUUAAGCACACUGCUUAACAUGAACAGCAGAAAAUUGUGCAACUAACGAAGCUUUGGAUCAAUUGAGUAAAGUUUAAUUGUGGUAUCUUUCUUACAUUUUGAAGGAAACUUCUGUUGAGAUUGGAAGAGCAUCUUGUUCUUUGAUGUUGGCAUAUCACGAAGGAUGCAGACAGACAGGUAUUGAGAAUUGAACGGAUAAUGGUUCAAUAUUCAACCACAAGCCAUGGUGACCAAAAUGUCUCGUUAUGUAAUAUGUCGCUGCCUACACAACACAGUACUUCAAUAGAUCCGGAAUUUUGUGAAAGUCAAAGGGAGGGCUUUCAAUAGCACAACUCCAGCUGAAAGACGGCGGGGUUGAUUUCGAACAGAGGACCUCAGAUUCGAGGAUUUUUUCACAAGAUGAGAAGGAAAGGAAACGUGGCAAACAAGUACCCUAUUGGGAGGGAUAAGAUUACAACGGCUUGCCACACCAUCGGGUGAUAAGAGAAAUUUCCUGUUGAGUGUCGAAAACCAAUACCAAGGUAAUUCCAGUGUCCAAUCAGAAAAAAGCUUUACCUUAUCAGAAGCCAGCCAAUGAAAACUCAAAGUAAAAACAAGGAAAUUGCUUGAAGCGCGGGAAAACAUGAAUGACCAAGUCGCGGUUGAAUUGAGUUUUAAAUUUGAUUGGUCGAGAGGAUUGCGCGAGUUUUCUGGACCAAUCAUUGAGCAAAGUUUAGUAAAACCGAAGCAACGCCUUAUAACUUCACUUUCGACACUCAAUUGAAAAUUUCUCUAACUUUCAAGUUGCUUAAUGAUGAACAAUGUUUUGCUAGCUCAUGUUUUUCAUUGUCAUUUAGAUUCGCAAGAUGAAACCCGCAGGGCUGUUCAUCAAUCUCAGUUUGCCCUUCUCUUUUCUGUUCUGAACCAGAAGUUUUCAGACAACGCUGCUUUGUCCAGUUUGUUGAGAGACUGCAUCAAGAAUAACUCUGGGGUCAUUCUAAUGUCAGAACUUUCUGCUGUGGAGUAAAAGACCUCUUUUCCCUCUGCGGUUUACAAUUACACAUAGAGAGAUAAAGCAUGGAAGGUUAACGAACACAGAGUGUGGUCUAUGAUUGAGGACAGACGAACCGACUUUUCAUACUGAUCUCUGUUGUAAUUUUCUUUUGUUAUUGACUGAGCGGACUCUUUUUUAAAAUUUGUCUAACAGUCGAUGUUGCGAGUUGCAAACUGUUCUGUAACGGGAGAAUUUAGGCAACGUGAAGUAUUUCUCACGACUUCGUCAGCGGUUCAAAUGAACUUGUCUCAGCCCACGGCGAUAAGAAAACAAUCUAUGCUUUUUCAGGAAAAAUAGUUUAAAUCACAAACAACAGAAAAAUUUUCUUUACGAAUAAUACAGAAAAAAAUAAAUUCGAGCAACUCGAAUUAUCUUAAUUUGUACUUGAAAAAUGAAUGUGCACUGUCAAGCUGGCAAGACUGAGCAUAAUAUUGCCAUUUCACCAAAUUUGUACAUAGUAUAGGAAGUAAAACCCAGUAUAAGUGCUUUUAGAGCAAGGAUUGUGGUUGUUGGGGUGAAUGACAUUGUCCUCUUGCUAAAUGCAAUUUUCACUUGAGUUUUGACUUGUUGUGUGCGUGGUCUACAAAAUCCUCGCCAACUUCUCGAUCAAU